AUGGCGGCGGGCAGCUCGGGCACCGGCAUGGGCUGGCGAGGCUCCCCUGGAUGGCCCUCAGAUCGCUCACAGCAUUGUCCCAGGGCUUCCUCGGCCUGUGCCAGCGCAGCAUUCACCAUCCCCUCCCUGAAACAGCGGUCCCCGAAGUGCUCCACAGGCAGGGCCGAGCUGGGCAAGGGGGAGCCCAGCCCCUGCACGGGCCGCCCUGAGCGGCGGAGACGCAGGAAGAGCUCGCCGGCUCCACCAGCCCCUACCCCAGAUGCGGGACCUCAGACCAGCGAGGACCUGGAGCCCCCGCCCCACGGUUGCCAGGAGGCGGACAGGGGCAGCUCCUGGGGGGCUACCGCCCCGAGGCCAUUCCGCCAGAACUUGAGCGACCUGGGAAGGCGCAGUGCCCUGCCCUUGAAGAGGAACCUGUGUCCUGGAGGCAGCAGCCUGGGAGCUCCUCCUCCGAGGACACGGCAGAGGCGAGUGACUCUGGCGGCGCAGGGCUGGCUUUCCCGUCCACGGAGGAGAGCUGUGGGGCUGGGUGAGCUGGACCAGGAAGCACGGCUGGCUGCUCUCGGCCUCCGAUGGGGAGUGGACAGCUUAGGGGGUUGCCGCCGUGCCAGCCGGCCUGCUGGCCACUCUGGGCUUCAUCACAGCCUCACCUGCCUGCGCAGGCACCUAGCACUGCAGGCUGGAGCUUCUGGCCAUGCUGGUCAACUUCCCCAACGAGCCUCUGCUGCCUGGGAACAGCAAGGCCAGAGCUACACCGCCCUGCACUUGGCAGCCAUGUACCUUGGAGAUGGUGAAGCUGCUAGUGGGGACAUAGGACGCCGAUGUGGAUAUCAGGGACUACAUUGGGAAAAGGGCCUCCCAGCAUGUGAGUCAGAGCAUCACAGAAGAGAUUGAGACCCUGAUGGGAGUCCUGGACAAGGACGAUGGGGAGAGCACCGCCAGCAGCGGGGGUGGGUACUGGAAGAUUUAAAAGCUGCCCCCUCCAUCUCACCACCUACAAACUCUGACACGUCCUGGAAGAUGGGUGGACCCUCUCCACCAUCACCACUUGGCUGAAGGUGGUCCAGACGUGAAGCCAAGGAUUCCAGGGCGCACAGCCUCGGGCAGGACUAAUGGACUUAAAAAACACAGGCUCAACAAAAUCCACUUCACAACCCAGAUGGUUCACAUCACACCCUCUUUCAGGGACCCAGAGCAACCACUGGAAGAGAAGGAGUAGGAACACUCUCUUAAAGGCCACUUAUCCUAUUCCUUCAAAUUAAGACCAAAGUCCAAUGUAUUUAGGUAAAAAAUAAUUUCUUUUAGAAAAUGCUAAGGUUUGUCUUCUGAAAUUUAAUAACAGAAACAAAAAAAGAACAUUAGACGUCAGGAAGUGAGACCAGAAAAGACAAACUAAACUAUCCUUACUAGGUUGGAAUGGAUGGGGUGGAGUUCCCAUCAGGUUAGCAUUCCAGGGAAAGUGUUUUUUUUGUUUGUUUGUUUGUUUUUGUUGUUGUUGUUUUUUUUUUUUUUGGCGGUGGGGGGAAGGAGUCUCGCUCUGUCACCCAGGCUGGAAUGCAGUGGCGCCAUCUCCGCUCACUGCAAGCUCCUCCCCUCGGGUUUAUGCCAUUCUCCAGCCCCAGCCUCCCAGUAGCUGGGACUACAGGCGUCCGACACCACACACGGCUAAUUUUUUUGUAUUUUUAGUAGAGACAGGGUGUCACCGUGUUCUCCAGGAUGGUCUCUAUUCCUGACCUCGUGAUCCGCCCGCCUCGGCCUGCCAAAGUGCUGGGAUUAGAGGCAUGAGCCACUGCGCCUGGCUGGAUUUCUUUUUAAGAGAUUCAUCAUACUUUGACCUGUGCCCCAUUUCCCUCCUCCACCUGUCUGACCUGGCGUUCCUAUUUCUGGAGACCAGAAGUGGGGGGAAGAGAAGGGAUGACUGUUUCUUUGCUUUCACCAUUCCUGCAUGCCAUGCAAAGGAAGGAACAUUGCGCUUUUAAUUAUCUGUUUUAUUAAGUGGUUACUCUUUCAAGGACAGAAAAAUGCAAAUUUGUACAAAACUGGUAGUAUUUGUAAGUGCAAGUACUACAUGCUGUCUUGUUCUUUUACCAAUUGCAUUUGCAUUUUAAGGUACUACUGGUACAGCCACGGUGGAGAACAGUUUGGAGGUUCCUCUAAACACUGAAAAUAGAGGUGCCACAUGAUCCAGCAAUCCCACUGUUGGAUAUAUACCCCCAAAAUAAGAAAUGAGUAUAUCGAAGAAAUUAUCUGCACUCCCAUGUUGGUUGCACUACUGUUGACAAUAGCUAAGAUUUGGAAGCAACCUAAGUGUCCAUCAACAGAUUAAUGUAUUAAAGAAAAUGUGGUAGAUACACAGAGUGGAGUAUUAUUCAGCCCUAAAAAAGAAUGAGAUUCAAUCAUUUGCAACAAGAUGGAAGGAACUGGAUAUCAUUAUGUUAAGGGAAAUAAGCCAAGCAUGGAAAGGCAGACAUUGCAUGUUCUCACUUAUUUGUGGGAUCUAAAAAUCAAAACAAUUAAGUUCAUGGACAUACUAAGUACUAGGGGGCUGGUGGGGGGACACAGGGCACGGGUAAUGGGUACAAAAACAGGCAGAAGGAAUGAAUAAGACAUACUGUUUGAUAGCACAAGAGGGGGACUCUAGUCAAUAAUUGUACAUUUUAAAAUAACUAAAAGAAUCUAAUUGGAUUGUAACACAAAAGAUACAUGCUUAAAGGGAUGGAUACCCACUCUCCAUGAUGUGAUUAGUUCAUGUUGCAUUGCCUGUAUCAAAAUAUCUCAUGCACCCCAUAAAUAUAUAUGCCUAUUAUAUACUCAUAAAAAUGCUUGAAAAUAAAAAUAAAGGAACUACUGAAGGUCAGGUCAGAGUGGAAAUGCAAAAAUACUAAUUAGAGAAGAAUGUGAAUACAACAGGAAACCUGUUGGUAUUCUAUUUAUAUUGUAAGCAGCAGUUCAAUUGUUUUGUAAAAGCAAUUUCAAUUUUAAUCACUGAACUAAAGAAAUGGGCAACGCUGACUUCCGUAAUAUAGGUUCUACCUAACCAUCUCUAACACCGCUGUCAAGGAGGACCAGUGUUAAGGCACAUUACUAACAACCACACAAAUUUUUAAAAGAAAAGAACACUCUAAGCAGCCUAUGGUACUUUGAAAUGAAAUAUUGCCUCUCAUUCUCACUUGUGUUGCCAUUCCAAAAGUUUGAAUUUGCUGAGGUUUAUAUUCUGGGUAUUACAUAACCAUUGGUUCUAUUUGGCAUAACCUUAUUAAAUGGUGCUCAGAGCUGAAUUACCUACAGAAACUUUCUGGUUUAAUUAGCAUAAAUUGUUAUAAAUAUUAGUGAGCCCAUACUUGUGCGAUAUAAUUAAACCAACUUAAUGAUUCUCACAUAAGGUGUCAAUUUAUUUUACUAAUGCAUUCAUAAUCGAUGCUUUGUAGCAACACUUUUCAAAUGUUUAAAAUGCUAAAUCUUCUCAAUUUUCCAAUCUUUUCUUGAGUCUAUUAGAUACCUAUAGUGUAGUUACUGAAUAGCUGGGAAACAAAUACACCUAGUUAGAAAUGGCACUGCUUUAUAAAAGGCACUAGAGAAAAGACGAGACUAUUUCUAUAUUUAAA